AUGAGAAUAUUAUCAUACUGGAUCUUCCCCAUCAUAUCGGGUCUCGUGUGGCUCGGCAUGCUCCUCGGCAUGCUCCUCUACUGGAUCAUCGACACCCACCGCACAAUCUACCCCUCCAUGUCGCCGCCCCAGAGCAUCGCCUACAUCAGCGACGUCGGCGCCUACUACCUCAAGCCCCUCUUCAUCACCGGCUGCGUCCUCACCACCAUCUUCCUCGACCUCUCCUUCUUCUCCGACCGCUGGCUCCGCCACAAGGGCCGCCUCGUACCCAACACCUCCAUUGGCGAGAAGAUUCUGUAUGGCUUCACAAUCUUCUUCGCCAUCAUCGGCACCGUCGGCCUUAUUUGCUUGAGCAUCUUUGACACGUACCGCCACAAGAACCUGCACCUGCUCUUCCUGCUCUUCUUCAUGGGCGGCUACCUGCUCUCGGCCAUUUUUAUUUGCUGGGAGUACCAGCGCCUGGGAAUCAAGUACCCGGACCACACGUACCUCGCCGCGUCCUUCUGGAUCAAGCUCGUCUUCAUCCUCGUCGAGAUCGUCCUCGCCAUCGCCUUUAUCGUCUGCAACUUUAAGGAGAUUUACAACGCCGCCGCGAUCCUCGAGUGGAUCGUCGCGUUCAUCUUUUCGUUUUACAUCUUUUCGUUUACCGUCGACUUAUUGCCCGCGGCCAAGACGAGGAACAAGGCGAACCGGUUUUCGAAGCCGGGGAUGAGUCAAUGGACUGGCGCUGGACCGGGAAACUUUUAA